GUAUGUAUGUAUAUUAUAUGGAGCUUUGGCACUGGAAAGGGCAGAAUUUUGAAUGACGAAAACAAAGCAUAAUCACCCUGUAAAAGCCAGUAGGAAUAAAAAUACACAAGUAGUUUUACAAGUAUAGAAUUGUUGUCACUCCAAAAGCAUUCCUGCCUUCUGAGUGGGUGGAAAGGCUGUGUAGCUAUGAUCUUUAAUACACAAAUAGAUCCUAUCAGUUUCCAAGGAAAUGAGAUAUCUCUUAAGCAAAGGUUGGGAGCAUUUAGAGAACUCUAAAUUACGGAGCCAUGAUUUGCAUAUUCCCUUUUACCUCUCAGGUAACUUGUUUCCUUCCCUUCCCUCCCCACCCCCCAUCCAAUGAUGUAUGUUUAACAAUAUUCCAUUUUGGGUGGGGGAAACAAAUUUACUAGCAAGGGCACUUAAACUGCCCUAUGCUACUUAGGGGUGAAAAAGGGGGCAGUUUUGUAACCUAGCAUUUCUUUAAAGUGAAAAAUUCAACAUAUUCUGAGCAUGUCUUAUUCUGUGCAGGGUAAAGUGAUAGUUAAUUUUCAUAAUUAAGGCUUGUUCUGUUGUUGAUCUGCAAGAUCUGGGGGGAAGUCCUACCACGGAGACAUUUCUAAAAUCCAGCCUGCGGCGGGUUGGGGGGUAUUAUGAGGAAUAUUCCCCACAUGUUCCCUCACCCCCUUUACAAAAACCGGUAGGAUUUUAUUCUUUUAUUUUUUCCUUACACAUAUGUCUUUUUCGGCGGGGGGAAGAAAGGGGGUCGGUUGAUCCUUCUCACCAUCCUGACUCUUUUGCUCCUAGUUUCGAGAUCACACAAACAACAACCAACAACAACAACAAUGCACACACAUACACACACAAAUUGGAUACAUUUUGAAAAAGCUUUUGGUUCCUUAUCCGGGGACUAGGCUGGCUGGUGUGAUUGGACAAGGGAGUCACAUGGUGAAAGUAACUUUACGGGGUCGCCAGCUUGUAGGAGGGCUUUAUGGAGCAGAAAAACGACAAAGCGAGAAAAAUUAUUUUCCACUCCAGAAAUUAAUGAUCAUGAGCUCCUAUUUGAUGGACUCUAACUACAUCGAUCCGAAAUUUCCUCCAUGCGAGGAAUAUUCGCAAAAUAAUUACAUCCCAGACCACAGUCCGGAAUAUUACAGCCGGACAAGGGAGUCCAGCUUUCAGCAUCAUCACCAAGAAUUGUACCCACCACCAAGACCAAACUACCCAGAGCGCCAAUACAGCUGUGCCAAUAUUCAAGCUCCCGGCAACCCAGCCGCGCACCAAAGGGGACAUGGGCAAACUCAAGGAGGCCACCACCUCUCAGAGAAACCGCAGCAGUUGUGUGAGCAGACUGCUCUUUCCAGUUCCUCCACCUCUCCUUCCCCAGCCCCUACAGCCUGCAACCAGCCAAACCCUGAGCAUCUUAACAGCACAGCUUCUAAGCAACCUAUAGUCUAUCCAUGGAUGAAAAAAAUCCACGUCAGUACUGUGAAUCCCAAUUACAAUGGAGGCGAGCCCAAACGUUCCAGGACUGCGUAUACAAGACAGCAGGUCUUGGAGUUGGAAAAGGAGUUUCACUAUAACAGGUACCUGACAAGGCGACGGCGCAUCGAAAUAGCUCACUCCUUGUGUCUCUCGGAAAGGCAGAUCAAAAUCUGGUUUCAGAACAGGCGGAUGAAAUGGAAAAAAGACCACAGGCUGCCCAAUACCAAAGUCAGAUCCUCGACUCCAUCUAAUUCAUCGGCGGGCACCAUUGCUGCUGGUAACGCGGCCCCCAGCGAGGAACUAUCACCGAGUACAGCUCAGGAUCAGCGAGCAGAGGAUAUCACAAGGUUAUAAACAAUAUCACACACACACACAAAAUUGACUCUGAUUAUUUAUAGAAUCUAAUAUAUAUAUAUAUAUUUUGGUUCUUUUCUUGUAGUUUUCCUGUGCGUAUAAAAAACAAUGAGGUCUUCUGUAAGACCACAGGCUUAAAUGCAUGUAACAUAGCAUGAAGCCAGGUGACCGAGUACCUGCAGGUUUUUUUACGCCAUUUCAGGGUUUUAUUUAUUUUUUAAGGGGUAAGGAGGGGGGGGGGAGAGGUCAACGUUCUGUUAGAUGAAUUUAAUGAACAAAUAAGAAUAAUCAAAAAGAAGGAGAAUGUAGGUAUUGUACCCCCUGCAUUACAAAUGCACAAUGAUCUGCCGAGAAUAAAAUGGAGCAUUGAAAUUCUUUUGUAUAAAUGUGAAAAAAAGCUAAAAAAAAUCAUGAUUCAAAAGAAAAAAAAUCACACAAACCAGGUUGAGCGAAUAAUUGGUUGAAAUUUUGAGAAGCGGGGAAAAAAGAAAAGGGAAGGAUAGUGACAUAUUUAAAAAAAAGAGCAAGGUUUAAACAAAGUCAGUAGCUAGGUUUUUUGUCGUGGUUAUUUGUGUUUUUGGACUGAUUUUACAUGAUCAUUGUAAACUUGCAAUAAAGCGUUUUAGUGUGUAUGUGAAAGUCCCAGUGUUCAAUAAACCAGUGAGUGUGAAUUAGUUUUACUUUAAUGUCUGGUGGCUUAUUUUACUCUCAACAUUCCCCUUGCCCUAAAAAAAUAGAAUAAUAAUCCUGGGAUUGUGGCAUUAAUUCCAUGUGCAGGAGUUACUGCUUAAAUUAAGUCUAAACAAACCUAAAAAUAACUCCGUAUUUUAGAUUUUUAUGACAUCACAACUUGGUCAAUGUAUUUCAAUCUCUGAAUCUCUUAGUCAAACAUAUACUGGGAGGGGGAGAGGGGAGGAAUCUUGUUUUGAGAAAGGAACAGUGAUGUGUGUUUGGGUUAGAAUAUCAUUCAUCUGUCUCUGUUUCCCCCCUAUUUAAUAUAAGGGUUUUCUGUUUUUUUCCCUUUCUCUACACUUCUGUUGUUUUGUUGUUGUUGCAAGAUUAUGUGAACUGGUUCAUUCAUAAAAGCCAAUAGGUUUCUUCUAAUCUUCUUCCAAAGACAGUAAAAGCUUUGGCAAAAAGGCAUUCUUGCUCUUGGACUUUGAAUAAAUGAUCCAAACUGAGAGUUACAUGGAUAGUUUAGCAAGAAAUUUGUCCCACAACUGAAGGUUUGUUUACUUUCCUGGAAGGAUGAGAUAACUGUAAGAAAGAGUUGUGUGCAAAUGGGGAAGUUAUACAUAGCUGUUUUCUAGGCCCCAAUCUUUUGCAACUUUGCAGCAUGUUCCUUUUCAGAACUACUGUCCCAGUCUGAAAUAACAUAGGGGUGCCAGAUUUUCAGGUAGGCCUGUUUAAAGACAUUUAUUCUUCAAGCAUUUAACACUAUCCCAAUGCCUUGCAUUAGGAUAGUUGGCCAGUUGAUUAGAUCUCUUUAACCCACCCCAGAAUAGAGAUUAUCAAAUCUGAAUGAAGGGGAUUAGGAUAGGGGAUCUUUCUGUUACCUUUAUUUUUAUUUUUAUUUCAUUGUUUUUGUUGGCUCUCAGAAACAUGUAUAGCCUUCCCUUAAACAAAUAAUGGUCUCAGAACCUAUUGUGAUAGCUAGUGAGAGAGAUCCUGAAAGGGGAACAUAGAUUAUUAUUACUAUUUAUAAUACAUCAUGUACCUGUAAAGCUCAUCAGUUCUUUAUACUCCUGCUGAUCGACAUUAAUAUAAGAGUGAGAAUGGAGAAAAAUGUUGCCAUCAAGUCUAUAGUUCUCUUUAAACAUUUCCCCCUCCAAGCAGAGGAAUGUGUUAUGAGUUGGUUGUAAUUUUUUCUCUCCCUCUGAUUCCUUGCCUGUAACAGACAAUCUCACACACUUUACCAGUAAAAAAAAAUAAAGGCAUUUAAAUUCUUUUUAUAUAUAAUAAAGUGAAUUAGCUAGCUAAUCUGUAACAAAGCAUCCUCCAAAGGGAAAAAAGAGAGCCUUUACUCGAGGUUAGAGACACUGGCUUCAGACACAUCCACCAUGCAUAUACAUUGUAAAGAAAACAAAGGCUAAAAGUCCUAACCUUGUAAUAAUGGUGCUGCUACAAAGUUGAACUGGCAAUUCAUAGCCAAGUAACGUGUAUGUGUUCAUCAGUAGAAAUCUACAUGUGCUAGUUCUGCAGACUAAACUAAGGCUAGUGGGGGUGGGCUGGGUGGAAAUAUUUCUGUUUAAAGCUUGAUCCACUCCCCCCCUUCCCUUUUUGCAAAGUGCAUCAUAACUUGAUGAAUUAUAACGGGGUGUUCUGAGAGGGCACUGGCUCUGAAUGCGAUAAGACUUUUUUGUUGUGUGUGUGUUCUCUCUCUGAGUGUCUGAUGAGGAAGCAAAGGAAACAUUAAUCACAUUUUCAACUAUAUAGUCUGCAUAUUCAGUAAUAAAAAAAUCACAUUUAGGUAUAUGCCUUUUCGUUCUUGUACCUACUUUUCUGUUCAGGUUCUUUGCUCUGAGACUAACUUUACUUUUUCACCUCAUCUCUGCAUUAUGCUGAGUAUUAUUUAGCAUCUUACUUAGCCUUUAGACUUGGCCAUGACACAAUUCCUGGCAUGGAGGGAGAUUAUGAAUGCAUUAUAUAGCCAGGCAGCAGGGGGAAGAAGAAAAAAAUUAAUGUUCCUAGCUACAAGCAGCCUGCCCCAUAGUCUCUUUUUAGCCUCUUGACGCCUCCAUGUUGGGAGCCUGAAAGAUACUUUAUUGAAGUUCGGGUAAAUGGCAAAAAUGGGUUCACUGAAAGGACAACUUUUCUAUCCCAUCAGCUUUAUUCUAGCCAGGCAGGGUGACCUCUAAGCCCCCCUGACCCGGGUAGGUCUCACAACGUGUACCUUCUGUGUCUCUCUACAUAGAUUUAGCGGCACCACUACUGUUUAGCGUCUUUGUAGAUUUUACCAUAGUAAUGGGGGAGAGAUGGGGCAGAUUCAAUGCGUGUUAUCGCAUUGUGUUGUCACCAAAAUAAUCCAAGAGAAAGGAAGAAGGGUGAAGUUACGGCCAAAUCUCUCUUCUCACUUCCCGCCUUCCCAUGGUUUAUUUCCCAACUGGCUAUUACCCUAUGACCAGAUCAAAGUAUCCAACGCCAAGUAAGUAGCUUUGCACUUUAAAAAACACGGGGGAAGUUUGCAAAGCGAUGAUUAAAAUCAGGAGGUAAAUGCAAUCGAGCGAGAAGGGAGAGAAUUUUUGUAUUAGAGGCGAAACAAUAGUUUAUUCUGUUUAGGAGUGCAAAAUGGUCCAGAUAUACCAUGGCACGUAUAGGUCUGGUACACGGGGCUGCAUUCCCCCCACUCCCCAUCAUCCUGUGUUCGAAGAUUAGAAGCUCUUUAAUUUCAGUGCUCUAUGUUCCAGAUUUACGUCGGCACAUAUAGAUUUGUCAUCAUGUGGGGGUAUGUUCCCCCUCAAACCGUGUAUUUCAUUGUUCGGUGAUUGGAUAUUAUCUCUACUUAUAUUACUGGGCUAUAAAAGUAACAUCAUCAACAAAAAAUGUUUCUCGAGGAUCAAAUUAACAUCUCAGGUCAGUUUAUUUUAACUCAUUUUCUUCUAGUCCAAUUUGCUUGAAAAUGACCCGCUUCAUUUUUUUUUUUUUUUUUUUUUUGGUUUCCCCCUCACAGCUAGAUUUUUGAGGAUUAAGAUUCUAACAUGAGUGAGAAGCAGUUUACAAGGCUUUAACGAGCUAUAAAAAAGACGUUAGAAAGCCCUUGUAUACAGACCCUUGAAGGGACCUCUGUUAAAUGUAGUUCAAGAAGCUGUGAAACUUAGUUUCCUGUAUUGCCUGUUAAAAACCAACAGCUCCAGAGAUGUUUGGGGAGAUAACUUCCCACAAACAAGGGCCUUCAGGCGUUAUCUAAGUGCCUUCAGUUUUAUGAAAACUUUUCCAGUAUAUAGAUACACGUUUUCCCCUUUUGCUCUAGGGCUAAUCCACAGAAGUGGCAUAGUUUAACUUCCAGACUCUUCAGUUAACAUAAUAUCCCAGGUCUUUACAGCCACUUGUGUCCUUUAUCCCUCACAUAGUUGGAAAAUGUUCGUCUGCACUGUUAAUUGUAAUUAAAAGACAAACAUUCAGCCAGGCUUAAGUGAAUGAGUUACGGGUUUGCAACCAUAACUGACAGCACCUCGAACGUGUAACUUACAUUUAUUGUGGUCUCGUAUAUCAUUAUCCAGAGAUAUAGUUUUAUGUACUUCCUAAUCUGUCCUUAUGAUUUAUUUUGAUGGGCAAGAUACCAAACCAAACAUUUUGGGACUUUAGUGAAAGACUAGUAUUUCCUUACAAACAGCCAGCAGCCGUUAUGGUAAUGGUAUUAACAGUUUCUGGCAAAUGACACCCUUUUCUGUUUGUUUGUUUCGUUGGCUAUGGAUUGUCUUCCUAUGAGGAAAAGUAUUUUCCCAACUCAGCAAUAGAUAGUUUUGAGUUGAGAGAGAGAGAGGGGG